AUGGACAAGCUAGAGCGACGGAUCGCUCGACUAUGGCGUCGACUUGGCGGUGGACGACGCAGGGAGCGCCGCUCAAAAAAAGACGAAAGCUCGUCGUCGUUGCCUUGUGACGACGUCGUCGCAUUGAACAACAAAACAGCAAAAGCGAAAAACGUGUCGCCUUCGACUCGACAUCGUCACAAGAGUGACUCAACGCCUUCACGGGACAGUUGCCGGUCGAGGGAUCUCUCUCGGGCUCUGGUGAGACUCUACGCCUAUGCCCGACUCAGAUCUCUACAGAACUUGAUCAUCGCUGAGUCGACGCCACCUUCGGACAGCUCUACCGUAACCGAUCUAGACAACCUCGAAUUGCGACAGCCCAUGGAUCAGUUUUCCUUCCUUUCUUCUCUUCCACAGCUUUCUAUUCCUCGGCUGAAAAACAGCGACUUUGAUAAGUUAUGUCUCAGUCGUGAGAGCGGUUAUCUGACCAACUCGCCAUUGGAAUUUUCAAGCAGUUCAGAGACUCUUCGUCAGCAAAGGUCUCCCAGUCUCGAGCGACCCCAUGGGCCAUUGUAUAAAAAACGAUCCACACCAAGGAAGCGAUUCCAUGCUUCACAUGGAGAUGUCUGGGCCACGUCCAACGUUGGACUUCGGCUUCACGACACGCAAGUAUUCGAGACAAUGGAAUCGUUCCUAAGCAGAAACGUCUACAAAUCCAAAUGUGUAACAUGUGUAUUCGAGGCGGCACAUGCCGGUUUAGCAGUGCUCCUCGACGACAUUUUGGCCGAGUUUGACCGGUGGUUUGUUGGCCGAAAAAUGUUGGUCAUCGCCUCUGAGCUACACUUCUCCGUGCCAUUGGCAAAACGAUGCAGGAAGCAGGAGCUAGUUCUGAAGCAGCAAAUGCUGCGCUCACUUCUCGAAAAUAACCGCAGAAUUCUCUACCUGCAAGGAUCCAGAGAGGCACUACCCAUACGAAUGGCUGAGGCGAGGACCGAAGAAAACAUCUUCAACGACAAUGAACUUCAAGCAGUACAAGGGGUCUAUCAACGGUAUUAUCACCGUCUGAUGCCUUUCGUACAUGCGGAGACACCCAGUUGGCAUGCACCCUACUGGAAACUCACACCAGCACCAGUUCGACCUCAGACAUCGGUCUUGCUGCUCGACAACGAUUACUCGAAACUUCGUACUCAUUCUCUUCUUGUGGUAACCGCAUGGAAUGUGUUUGAUCCGAGUAAAAACGCAUCAAGGGUUCUUCGAGUCGCCGUGGAAGACGUCGACGAUGUCCCUCCAGAAUUCCCCAGGGGUGCGACCAUGCUCUUCACUGUGCCCCAUUCUUCAAAGACUACGAAUAUGGUCAUAGGGCGUGUCUCUGCCAUUAAACGGAAUAAGGACGUUUUCCAUUACUACCUUCUGCCAAAAUGCACUCAGGAAUUCGAUCACUUCUCUGUGGAUGGGAGCACGGGAGAAGUCAGUCUCACAGCUACUGGAGAAUCCAAGCUUCCAGAUCGAGUGGAACUAUGUUUUCUAGCGAGCCGAUACGGCGGCCUUAAUGUGGACGAUGUGGUGUUCGAUGCUAAGAAUGUUAGUAUGCUUCGAGCCGCGGUUGUGUUUGAGGAAGAAGAACCGUCUAUUGCUCAAUUGCCUCGGGUGCGGAACAAUACUGUGGUGAUCCUCCAUGACAACUUGGUAGGUGCUACAAUUCCUUUAGCCACCCCUGAAAAUCUCGAUCACGGCUUACGCUACUCCAUCGAUCAUGUGCAGUUCACUCCCGUCCAGAACGGUACCGGAGUCCCCAAUACCAGCACAGAAUCGUUGUUCUUUGUGGAUCCGAUCGGCGGAGAAAUCAGUGCACAUCCUCAACUUGCCGACCAACCACAAGGCGUCUACAACGAAAUGAAACUGCGCUACGUCUUCAGCAUGAAACUGGAAGAGUUCGCAUCCAAUCGUGAGCAAUUCUCCAAGACGGCUGUCUGCUUCCAUGUAGUUUUGAAUGAGCAGGUACAGAGCGAGCGUUCAGCAAUUUCAGCAGUCUCACAGACGGCUGUCGAAAACAGCGAACUCUCAAAGCUCUACCAUAUCUACAAAGUAAUAAACAUCGAGCGCUGCCAAGAAAACCCAAUGCCAGUGGCCCAACAAUCAAGCUUCCAUAUUUCAUCGCAACUCCUGCUGCUCAUUGCGUUUGUGGCUCUUCUUGUCGUCAUUCUCAUCUCUCUACUUACUUACGUCUGUUUCGUGCAGCGCUACAAGGACCAUCUACGGGCAAAAGAGAAACAGAUGAAAGGAUCUCUGGCAACUUCAUCGCAACUCAGCUACUCUCCCACUUUCAUUCUACCACCUGGAGGGUAA